UCCUCCUCAGCGCUGCGUCUCUCUUCCUCAUCAAAUCUUCACAUCAUUCACCGGACUUUCCCCAGGAGACCAUGAAGUUUAAAAAAGAGCCGCUCUGUGCUUCCUGCCAGUCAACAACCAAGAGUCGCAGGAGGAAACAAACAGAGACGACGUUUCACAACAAGCCUCGUUCACAACAAUGGACGCUGACUGCAAAGUAACACUUUUUGCUGCCGUGGACGCCGACGCCGAGAACCCAUCGGGGCUUGUUGUUAGACCUGGAUCCAAGCUCACCGCGGCCCUGGUGGGUUUCACGCUCAUGAUGGCCGUUGCUGCCGGUGCCGUGCUGCUCUUCAGCCACCACACUAAGGAACCAGCACAAGAGGACGAUGGCUUUGAUCUUCAUCAUACCUUGAGGCAAAUCUCCAAUGGAAGAGCUGCCAUUCAUUUAGCAGGACAGUACAACCCGAACAUGGAGACCUCAGUGGAAUGGAUCGGUAACGUGGGCCCGACCCACUCCCAAGGCGGACUGGAGCUCAAGAACAACGAGAUCGUGAUCCCCCGAAAGGGCCUCUACUUCGUUUACAGUCAAGUAUCCUUCCGGGUCAGCUGCAGCAUCGGCGAGAACGACAGCGCCUCCGCGGCGCCCAUGGUCCACCUGACCCACAGAGUGAGGCGCUGGUCCAGCUCAUUUGGGAGCGACGAAUACAAGACCAUCCUUCACGCCGUCCGCACCGCCUGCCAGAAGACAGCAAGCGGCGAUGCUGACGAAGAUGGCCGCUGGUACUCGGCCGUGUACAUGGGCGCCGUCUUCCAAUUAAAUAAAGAAGACCGGCUGAAGACCGUCACGGAGAAGAUGCUGCCAAAUCUGGAGGAAGAGGCGGCAAAGACCUUCUUUGGGGUGUUUGCUUUGUGACCACGUGAAGACGAGCGCUGUCGCCACCUGUCUAGUCACUCAUUAUUUAUUGAAAUAUUUAUGUAUUUAUAUAUUUAUCAUUUAUUUAUUCCUGUCAUUCCACAAUGUCAACACAAGUUGUGUACCCUUACUUGUUAAUAUACUUGCAACAAUGUUGCUGUAUCGUCAAUACGCAUCCCCUCCGUGUAUGAGGCGUGUUAUGAAACGGAAGCGGUGAUCACGGGUGCUUGAAAGUGAUGCUAACGCGAGGAACGUCAAUACAAGAAGAAUUGAUUUGAAGUCCUAACAUCUACGUGACGGAUGUGACAAAUCUUUGAGUCAAUGUAGAAGUACUACAACUUCUGCUUGGACAGCAGAAAAAAAGCAGCCACACAUGACUCGCUGAUGCUGGGAACGCCACUUCCGAGACCACUUCCAUAUUCCGUAUUACCUUUCAUUCCCAACUACGUUAACAUCCAAGCACA